AUGUCUUCUGGUGGCAAGUCUGGCGGCAAGUCCGGCUCCGAGUCCAAGUCGACCUCGCGUUCGUCCAAGGCCGGUCUCCAGUUCCCCGUCGGUCGUAUCCACCGUCUCCUGAAGCGCGGCAACUACGCCCAGCGUAUCGGUUCGGGUGCCCCCGUCUACCUCGCUGCCGUCCUUGAGUACCUCGCCGCUGAGAUUCUCGAGCUUGCUGGCAACGCCGCCCGUGACAACAAGAAGUCGCGUAUCGUUCCCCGUCACCUUCAGCUCGCCGUCCGCAACGACGAGGAGCUGAACAAGCUCCUCGGCUCGGUCGUCAUCUCGCAGGGUGGUGUCCUCCCCAACAUUCUCUCGGAGCUCCUUCCCCCCAAGGGCAAGGGCGGCAACAAGGCCAAGAUCCCCGGCUCGCAGGACGCUUAA